CCCGCCCACAAAUCGAGCGCGGCCAUGUUGAAUUGUCGAUAUCCUGAAAGCAGAGACAAAAGACUGGAUUUCGCCAAACUACGAGUUGUUUGUGAAACUUAACCAAACCGCGGACACAUCGCUGAUCACCGACGCCGCCGAGGAGACCUCGGGUGACUGCGGCAAAGUGAAGCUAUCAUCGUUCUCCGACGGGGUAAUCUGGAUUUUCCUGUCGAUCGGCAAUUCUCACAAGACAUUGCAGAUUGCCACCUCCGCUGUUUCUGCACAAUUAAAGGAAACGAGGACAAGAAAAACCACAUCGGCCUCUCGAUGUUCAAGAAAAGAGUGCCUGGAGUGACUUUUUGAGCCAGUAUUAAGCUCCAGUGAACACUUGUGAAAACCUCUUGAUGUCAAAGGAGCCAAUCAUAUACGUUCGAGACGUGACAAACAAGGUCGUACUUUCAUAUUGACCUUUUGUGAAUGUAUAAACACAGCACUUGGACUUAAAAUGCCAAGACACACGAAUAACAAAUAAAGUUAAGCAUUUUCAUUACAGCAGGGAUAAGAGUACUCGGAGAAAGAAAAAAAAAACAUUUUGAAAGAAAAAUAGGGUUUAUGUUUUGGUCACGUAUUUGAUUUAUUUAUUCUUAUGAAUGUUAAUUUCUCCCUUUUUUGGAGAGUUGUCUUGUAAAUAGACAUAAUUCUUACGCAUACUUCUUUACAAGAGGUCUGAAUGUCAGAUUGUGUACACGGAACAUUCUUUUGAAUUGAGAAGAUACAAGAAAAACUUUUAAUUUUUUUCCAGCUUUUACUUUUUCCUCUUUUUUUUUUUUUACACACAGUGCAUUAAGCAACACACAGUGAAAUAGAGACAAAUAUUCAUUUUACACACUGAGGAAAAUCAAAACCAUGGCUACAGCAAGAACUGCAAACCCUGCAACGAUGAUGGGAUUGAACAAAGCAGCCAAUGGGCAAUUCAGAGGACAGACAAGGCCACCAGGACAACAAUCAGGACUGCUUGCAGCUGCCCAACAGUCCAGUGACCCGAUGAAAAGGACUGGCAUUCCUCAGAGCAGUGGGGGCAUCAAGUUUGGGGAUGACUGGAAGAGGUGCCUGGAGCUUCCCCCCAAAGACACCAGGAUGAGAACUUCGGAUGUGACAUCAACUAAGGGAAAUGAAUUUGAAGACUACUGCCUAAAGCGGGAACUGCUAAUGGGAAUCUUUGAGAUGGGAUGGGAGAAACCCUCCCCUAUCCAGGAGGAAAGCAUUCCCAUCGCCUUGUCAGGCAGAGAUAUUUUGGCUCGGGCCAAGAAUGGCACAGGAAAAAGCGGAGCCUACCUCAUCCCAAUGCUGGAGAGGAUAGACCUGAGGAAGGAUCACAUCCAGGCCAUGGUCAUGGUGCCAACAAGAGAGUUGGCCCUCCAGAUGAGCCAGAUCAGCAUUCAGCUAAGCAAGCACCUGGGAGGGGUCAAGGUCAUGGCUACCACGGGUGGCACCAACUUGAGGGAUGACAUCAUGCGUCUUGAGGAGACAGUGCACGUAGUGAUCGCUACACCAGGCAGGAUCCUAGACUUGAUAAAGAAAGGUGUGGCCGUCGUGGAUAAACUUCAAAUGAUGGUGAUGGACGAGGCAGAUAAGUUGCUGUCCCAGGACUUUGUUGUCCUGAUUGAAGAUAUUAUCAGCUUCUUGCCAAAGAGCCGUCAGAUCCUGCUUUACUCUGCCACUUUCCCGUGCAGUGUGCAAACAUUCAUGAACAAACACCUGCAGAAGCCUUACGAGAUCAACCUGAUGGAGGAGCUCACCCUGAAGGGCAUCACCCAGUACUAUGCCUAUGUGACAGAAAGACAAAAGGUCCACUGUCUCAACACGCUUUUCUCUAAGCUUCAGAUCAAUCAGUCGAUCAUCUUCUGUAACUCCGUCCAAAGGGUUGAGCUUCUGGCUAAGAAGAUCACCCAGCUGGGCUAUUCAUGCUUCUACAUUCAUGCAAAGAUGAUGCAGGAGUACAGGAACCGUGUGUUCCAUGACUUCAGGAAUGGACUGUGCAGAAACUUGGUCUGCACAGACCUUUUCACUCGGGGAAUUGACAUCCAGGCAGUAAACGUGGUCAUCAACUUUGACUUCCCCAAAAAUGCUGAAACCUACCUGCACCGCAUCGGCCGAUCAGGGCGUUUUGGUCACUUGGGUCUGGCCAUCAACCUCAUUACCAUAGAUGACCGAAACAACCUGAAAACAAUAGAGGAUCAACUAGUCACCGACAUCAAGCCCAUCCCCAGCUGCAUUGAUAAGAGCCUGUAUGUGGCAGAGUUUCACUCCAUUGACCCAGAUGAUGACGGUGAUGGGAAAGGCAAACACAAUGAACUGGGAGAAGCCUGAAUCCAAGGAGAAACGAGGCACCUGGCAUUCACAAGACCUAGGUGAAGGUUUUUAUUUCCCACUUUGCAAUCAAAAUGGUCAAGUCAAUAUUUCUUUUCGUUUCUAAUUUGAGUUCAUAGCUAACUCCAGUCCUGUCAGUGCACAUGCAGGUGAAUUGCUCUCUCCCCCCCUCCGAAAACUGCCACUUUAACUUUCUGCCACACUGCCAAAGACAGUCGCUGUACAGACACUCUUACAUACCCUUAUAAACACAUUUUCUUUCCCUUUUCUUUAAGACUGAAUAUGAAACCAAAGGUGAACUGAAAGUCUAGAACUCGGGCGGCAUCUCCUCUGUACAGUUUAACUACACGUUGCUAUGAUGUGCCUUUUGAGCAUAUGGUUUCAAGAAAGACUGCACUUAAAGCCAUUUUAUCAGAUCCACUGUACCACAGCAGACACAAUUCCAUUUUUGCAUCAUUUCGACCAGGUGCUGGAAACAUUCCUAAAAGAGACUACCUCAUGGUGACAUGAUGGCAUCACGCAGUUGCUGCAGAUUGGUCAGCUCAUCUUAAAGGUCCUCCUACACAGAAAGUUAGCUUUUUAGCCUGUAGAGGCCAUUGGAGAAGACCCAUCAGCAGGAUGUUGUCCUGUUGGAAGUAGCGAAUCAGAAGAUGGGUAGACUGUGGCCAUGAAGGGAUGCAAAUGUUGGCAAAUCACAGGAGAAUCGCACCAACAAUCAUUCCACAGUCGCCUGGAUUAAGUUUUUUUCCCAUUGUUAUGUUUGGUCUGAACCUCUAAAUAUUUUGAACAUGUCCACAUGCUUUUAUGCAUCGAGAUGCUGUCAUGUGAAAGUCUGAAAGGACACUUGUAUUAACUUAAUUUGAGUCUUGGGAAUGCAGCUGUAAAAUAAGACAGAUUAAUCACACAUCCUUGGUUUAACUGGGAUAACAUCCUUUAAAAGGGAACCAAAGAUGGAAGAAGAGAUUACAAUUACUUAAGUUUAAAUAUCAACAUCUUCAGACGCCAAAAUGACCACUUUGUUGCAAAGGAUGUUUCAAAGAGGGCAGCUGUGGUGCUCUUGCUUUUAUAUUCAGAUGUUUACUCCUGAAAUAUGGUAUUGAGAGAUAACUUUGUAAUGUCUGUGACAUUGUAGAGCAUUUUGUAAAAGCACAGACCUAUAGUGACAAUUAGUCAAUACUUAAUUGUAAAUAAUCUCCCGUUCUUUUCAAAGCCAUAGCACGUAAGCUUGUUUUUAGGACUUGAGGUUAUCAGUAAUAAACAUGACUGGAUGAUGCGCCUAAGCAAACAUUUUGAGUACGACCAACAUGCUCAGUCUUCUUUCUUUAUGUCCAUUCUCCCCUACAAAGUGCCUUGUCAAACUUCUACUCUGCCCCUUUUCUUGUCCCCGGCUUUUUAUUGUUGAUAAUACAGUUCCUUGCUAGUUUAUCACCUAUUAAAAGUAGGAUUUGAAAGGAUUUAUAGCAGAUAAGACCAACUAGAGCUGCUCUUGUCUGAAAAAUUACAACCUUUGACUUUGAUUUAUAGCAUCUCAUUUUCCAGCACCCUUGCAUGUUGCAUCUUUGGCUGGCCAUUGUAGUACCAAGCAUCAGCAGGGGAGGGGCUGACUCAUUUUCCAAAGCAUUGCAGUAGCUAUUGGCUUCAACUUUCUCUAUGUCUGGCAGUGCUCUUGAUAGAUUUUCCCUCAGUUAUUUAGCCAAUGUGCAGGCAACACUUGAGUCAAUACACGACAUGUGACAGAAAACACAAAUUGAGACAAUUCUUUUUUGGGAGUGCUUUCAAGAAUAUGACCAUUUUGUCCGAUCAGUGCAUUGUGGAGAAAUGAAUACUUUCAUUACCUGAUGACCAGAUGUUUUUUUAAGCAGCGACAUGACUUGAAUGUCAGUGCCAUCUCCUGAAAAGAAAUAAAGUCUGACUGACUGACA